GCGCACCCCAGUCUUGCCUCUGACACCAGAAGUGAAAAAGUCAAAUUUCAAGUCGCCAAAAUGGUCGUCAACUUCAAAGUUUUCAAGAAAUGUUCCCCAAACGGAAAACUAUCUCUCUACUUAGGAAAACGUGAAUUCGUUGAUUAUUUAUCUGGUACAGAGGCCAUCGAUGGAGUCCUGCGAGUGGAGCAGGACUACAUAGAUUCAAACAGAAAAGUCUUCGGCCAAUUGAUCUGCAGUUUUCGCUAUGGACGAGAGGAGGACGAGGUGAUGGGCCUGAAUUUUCAGAAAGAUCUCUGCCUAGUGUCUGAGCAAAUCUACCCCCCUCAGAAAACCGACUCCAAUACGACUCGUUUGCAAGAUCGUCUCCUGAAGAAAUUAGGCUCCAACGCUGUUCCAUUCACCUUUACAUUUCCCCAAUCAUCACCAGCAAGUGUCACUCUUCAACAAGGAAAGGAAGAAGCUGGUGAUCCUUGUGGUGUGAGUUACUACGUCAAGAUUUUUUGUGGCGAAACUGAUAGUGAUUUCACUCAUAAGAGGAGUACCAUUUGUCUUGGCGUGAGGAAAAUUCAAUUUGCACCGACUAAAGAAGGCAGACAACCUUGCACUGUGGUCCGAAAAGACUUCUUAUUGAGUCCCGGAGAGCUGGAGCUUGAGGUGACACUUGAUAAACAGAUUUAUAAUCAUGGAGAGCCAAUUGCUGUGAAUAUUUGUGUCAGAAAUAACAGUAAUAAAAUGGUAAAGAAGAUUAAAGCUCUGGUACAACAGGGGAUAGAUGUGGUUAUCUUUCAGAAUGGACAAUUCAGGACAGUUAUCGAUGCUGUUGAAACCCAGGAUGGCUGUCCCAUCAGUCCGGGCUCCACUUUGCAAAAGGUAAUAUAUCUCAGACCGGAUUUAGAGUGUAACAGAGAGAGACGGGGAAUUGCACUUGAUGGAAGACUCAAGAGAGAAGAGGAUCAACUCGCUUCAAGUACCUUGUUGACCACUCCCGAUGUCAGGGAUUCGUUUGGGAUUGUUGUCUCUUAUGCAGUCAAAGUUAAAUUGUAUCUUGGCGCACUGGGGGGAGAACUCACUGCCGAACUACCUUUCAUUCUCAUGAGACCUAAGCCCUCGGAGAAGAUUAAACUGGUGCCAACUGAGAGCGUUAUGAUCGAGGAUGUACCGGAGGACAAGAUCAAGGAGUAGUCAGAGCUGGAUUGAUUCUGAGUGAGAACUUUAGGGGGAAAGUGGGAAGAUGAUGGAAAAUUAAUAUGACAGGUCUAAAAAUGUUGCGAUUCUCUGUAAUAUGAUUAGACAGAGGAAUGGUCGUACGAACUUUUUCAAAUGAGUCUUAAGAGUUUGCAGACGUCCAUCCGAACCGAUGAUUGUCGAAAUAAUCGCAAAAUUAAUCAGUGAUACGGUGACGUAUAGGUUUUACCACUUUCCUACUAUCCUCUUGAUCCACUCAAACGAAGAAACGUUCGAUUCAUUUCUUGAUAUUCUAUUAACAUUUUUCCAUUUGCAAAUUUCAGAUUCCAAAGUCUUGAAAAUUUUUCUAGGUAAAAUACUCAUUCGAUAAUUCUUUUCAUGGCUUCUUUAGGCUGAAUUACCCUUCAAAAAUUGCUGAAAUUGUGUUCUUUGCUAUUUGUUAAAUGCAAAUGUUGCUUGUUGUUCACUGAAUUUCAAUAGAUUUUCAAUUAUUUUUGUUCACAUUUGUUCAGGUAAAAUUAAUAGGACUGUACCCGUCCGAUAGGGCAAAAAGUGCUCGUGAACGAACGAGCCUAGAAAGUUAAAGACGUAGAAAUUUGCCUGAUGGGCUACACAAAAUGCCAAAAUAUUCCACUAUAUAUGAUAAAAACAUGAAUAACAUAAUCAACUGACUAGUCUGUAACUGAGAGGAUACGAUAUAUUUCUGAUUUUAUUCGUACUUCGUCGUAACGACCGAACAAUCUAUUAUACUCCAUUGUGAAUUAUUGGUAGUCUACUCAUAUAUUAUCAAAUAAUUAUUCAACUAAUGAGAUGUGCAAUAAUAUUUCAAAUUCCUUAGUACGAAGCAGUAUAUAAUCAAUACCAUGUCUCUGCUAUUAAUCACAACUCAUAUUCUGCGUCAUGUAAACUUUAAAAUUUUGUUGAUUCGAAGAAUGCUCUCAAUAAAUAGAAAACGACUGGAUACUUGUAAAA